AUGUUAGAAAAAAAGUUUGCUGACAUUGACAAGAAAUUUGAGAAUGUUUUAAACAAGAACAAGAGGAAGUUAGAAAAUGCUCAGAUAAAGCCUAUACAUGACAAGUUCUUAUUUGCUCAGAAUGGUAUAACAGGUCUAAUCGCACCACCUGGGUCGGGUAAGACUUUCACUUAUCUUAAAAAUUCGGUUGCGAUUUUGCCUACUAAUUAA